CUACAGCACUGUCAGUUAGACAUCUGGUGUAGAAACUUUUGACUAACGGAGUACACUCCGGUAGUAUAAAUUCAAAAGUGAUGAGGUUGUGGUCUGACAGAAGAGGAUUCUGUGGGAAGACGUUCAAAUGCUCAAUGUCAACGCCAUAAGUAAGAACAAGAUCAAGCGUGUGGCCAAAGCUGUGAGUGGGUUUCUGUACUCUCUGACAGAAGCCAAUCGAGUCCAACAAGGAGAUGAAUGCAGCGAUCCGCCGCCGCGCCGCACGGUGGCGCUAACGAGCCAUUCGAUGGUUUGGCAAAAUACAUUUAAAAAAGCGAAGAAGAAAAAGAACGUCACGUGACAGGAAACAUACACACAUCCCCCUCCCUCCUGAGCGCUAGCCGCGAUGCUGCUCCGACGCUAGCAUGCACACCGAGGAGUCUGAGACAACACGCGGACAACAGCAACAACAAGAACAACAACAACAACAUGCGGCGUCUGGGCGCCGUUCAGCAGAAGAUACCGUGCGUCUUUCUGACGGAGGUGAAGGAGGAACAGUCGCGGAAACGGGACCGUCAGCAAUUCCAGGUAGUUGCCACGGAAACCGUGAACCCGGUUGCCGUGGAGGCCAACGUCGACCGCGCGCUCGUCACCGAAAAACUGGACGGCACGUGCUGCUACGUGACGCUCUAUAAAAGCCGACCUCACCUGUGGGCUCGACUCGACCGCAAGCCCAACAAACAGGCGGAGAAGAGGUUCAGAAGACAUCGGCACGCUCACAGCUGUGAAGGUUUCUCGUGGAGCGUGGAGGACGACUUCAAGGCGGUGCCAGAGACGUGGAUCCCGGCUCACCGGGUCCGGCUCCGCGACGGCCUGCCGGUGCCGGACCCACACGGACACAUUCCAGGCUGGGUGCCGCUGGACAAGGACAACAAGCAGUACCGCUGGCACGCCGCCGCGGUGGACGCCGAGGCCCGGCGGGCCCUGGUCCUCCGGCCCGGCCCGGCCGAGGAAGACGAAGACGCGCUGGAGGUCGCGGCCGUCCCGCUGGCCGACCUCCUGGAACAGACGCUGGAGCUCAUCGGCACCAACGUCAACGGGAACCCGUACGGUGAGGCGCCGGGUUCAACCGGCCACGCUCUUCUUCUCUACAGCCACGUCAGAGAACAUACAUCUCCAGCGCUGGCUUAUGCGCGAUAACGAGAGAGAACGAGAGAGAGACCAGCAGGACGAGUGGAGGGCGUGGUGUGGCACUGUGACGACGGCACGCUCGUUAAGGUCCACCGGCACCACCUGGGACUGAGGUGGCCAGACGGGGGGACGGCCCUCGCCGACCGGCCGGUGGUGGUUACCGUGGACGACAGCAGCAUCAUUAGCAAUACUAGCAUCAGCAGCAUGGACUUGUUCACCUUCUUCUCCAGGCUCAAUGGACAUCGCUUCAGUCGACUGCUGGACAUCAAGUAAUCUCUCCCUCUCUUCUCUCUCCAAGUAUUCCUCACUAAUAAUUCCAGAUGAGAGUAAACAACAACAGCAGGAGCAGCAGCCCGAGUGGCUGAGUUCCACUGAGCUGUUGAAUAAAGGACGUGAACGUGU